CUCCCUGUUAGCUUUAGCUGUUAGCUCUUCGGGGCACGAAACUGGGAAGAAACUGUCAAACCGGGAAGAAAAUUUGGUUUUAAAAACGAGAUGAGCGCAGACGCGGACAGUAGAGGACAGCGGUGACCGAAUGUGUCACCCUCAACAACCGCCCCUCACGAUAAUUUAGUCUUUGUCUGUCCACAGUGGAUCAUGCAAGCUUUCCUCUCUUGACCGUUCAACCUCUGACACAUGAUGGGCUUUGGUCGGGAUCUUAGAAAUUCCCAUGAGGGAUUACUGAAGCUGCAGGACUGGGAAUUAAAGCUGCUGGAGGCCGUCAAACGUUUUAUGACUCUGCGUGUGAAGAGCGACAAAGAGUACGCCGCCCUGCUGCUCAGCAUGACCCAGCAGAUGGAGAAACAUGAAGCGGCAGACUACGUCAGCACCGUCAGCAAGACUUGGUCACAGGUGGUACGUCAGACGGAGGUGCUGGGUCGCGUCAUGAGGAGUCACGCGGACGACCUCAACUCGGGUCCUCUGCACCGCCUGGCCACACUGAUCCGAGACAAGCAGCAUGUGAAGAAGAGCUACCAGAGUCUUCAUCAGCUGCUGGAGAGCCACAACCACAAGGUUACCAGGAGCGACCUGGACAAGCUGAAGUCGACUUAUCGUCAGCUGAGCCGUGACGCAAACAAUGCCAAAGAGAAGUAUCGAGAAGCUCUCAGUAAAGGACGAGAGACAGAGCGUGCUCACGAGCGUUACAACAAAGCCACAGCCAAGUUACACAACUUGCACAAUCAGUACGUGGUGGCGGUGUGCGGAGCUCAGACGCAACAAGAAGAGCACAGACGGCGUGCAGCGCCCGCUCUGCUGGACGCCCUGCAGACGAUGCAGGAGGACAUGACCCUCGCUUUGAAGAACAUUCUGGAGGAGUACUGUGAGAUCAGCAGUCUGCUGACAGAGGAAGUUGUUAAAGUUCACCAAGAGAUUUCAGCAGCCGUUCAACAGAUUGACCCGCUGGUAGAGUACCAGCACUUCAUCGAUGCCUACAGGUUGCCAUGGUCUCCAGAGAUCCCAGAGGCCAGUGUGGAGUUUGACACGUCUCUGUUGGAUGAGACUGACAAUAUGCCGGCCAAUGAGAUCCUCUGGAACACGCUGACGGCUGACAGUCUGCAGACCAUGUUGUCCUCUGCGACGGAGGAGCUCGCGCUGACUCAGCAGAACCUGAGGACCAAAGAGGCUCUGGUGGACGACCUGGACUCAAAGAUCCAAACGAGUCAAGAGAACACAGACAGGAAGAGCGACUGCGUCCUCCUCCUCAGUCAGAAACUGUCUCUCCUUGAGCUCCGUCAAACUGUCCAAUCACUGCGCAGCUCAGAAGCCCGCCUCUUGUCGCAGAAGGCCCUGUUGGACACCAAGAUAGCCGCCGCCUCCCCACCCCUACCACCGCCGCCUCUCACUCUUCCCUACGAGGACGACACUCGCUCUGUUGGCUCCACUGAUAAAAAUAAGGAGAAGAGUUCACGUUUCGACACGCUGCGUCACUCCCUGGCCGGAAUGAUUCGCUCGCCAAAAGCCAUGUUGGGCUCGUCCUCCUCACACUUCUUUGAUGUGAUCCCGUCAUCGGAGCGCCCCCUAGCGGAGCAGGAGUGGUACCAUGGCGCCAUUCCUCGCACUGAGGCCCAAGAGCUACUUCGGCAGCAGGGGGACUUUCUGGUGAGAGAGAGCCAUGGCAAACCCGGCGAGUACGUCCUGUCGGUGUUCUCUGACGAGCAGCGGCGACACUUUAUCAUCCAGUUUGCUGAUAGUCAGUACCGCUUUGAGGGGACGGGCUUCGCCACCAUCCCUCAGCUUAUCGAGCACCACUUCUCCACCAAGCAGCUCAUCACCAAAAAGUCUGGAGUGGUGCUCCUCAACCCCGUCGUCAAGGAUAAAAAGUGGAUUCUCAACCACGAAGAUGUGAUGCUCGGCGAGCUGCUUGGAAAGGGUAACUUUGGUGAGGUGUUCAAAGGGACGUUGCUGCGUGACAAAACACCAGUGGCUGUUAAAACCUGCAAAGAAGAUUUACCUCCAGAACUCAAGAUCCGCUUCCUGUCUGAGGCCAGGAUCCUCAAACAGUACGACCACUCCAACAUCGUCAAGCUGAUUGGCGUCUGCACUCAGAGGCAGCCCAUCUACAUCGUCAUGGAGCUGGUUCCUGGUGGAGACUUCCUGUCAUUCCUGAGGAAGAAGAAGGACGAGCUGAAGACCAAGCAGCUUGUACGUUUCUCCGUGGACGCUGCUGCGGGCAUGGCGUACCUGGAGAGUAAGAAUUGCAUCCACAGGGACCUGGCGGCCAGGAACUGUCUGGUUGGCGAGGGCAGCGUGUUGAAGAUCAGUGAUUUUGGGAUGAGUCGUCAGGAAGAUGACGGUGUUUAUUCCUCGUCUGGACUCAAACAGAUUCCCAUUAAAUGGACGGCACCAGAAGCUCUUAAUUACGGUCGUUACAGUUCAGAGAGUGACGUGUGGAGUUAUGGCAUCCUCCUGUGGGAAACCUUCAGUCUGGGGGUUUGUCCUUACCCUGGGAUGACCAACCAGCAGGCUCGAGAGCAAGUGGAGAAGGGUUACCGGAUGGCGUGUCCUCAGCGUUGUCCUGAUGACGUGUACAAAGUCAUGCAGCGCUGCUGGCAGUACAACCCGGAAGAACGACCAAAGUUCUCUGAACUGCAGCGAGACCUUGCCGCCAUCAAGAAGAAGUGAGGUUGUCCUGGACAGGAAGUGCAGCCUUGUUUUCAGCGUGGAUUUUAGGUUUGUGUGAUUGACGUAGGCGUGGUCAAGGUGCUGGCGGGUAAAAACACUCAUGUGAACGUGCCAUACCUUGAGAUGGCAUGCGUAUGUCAGCAUGGACGUUGCCACCCGGCUCAGCGUCUGGAAACACCACAUCAGGCAGUGAACAGCAAGUUUGUUGGUCAAACAGGAAGUGAGCGGCUCAGUAUGCCAACGCGUGCUAACGCACUACAUGCAGCAUUUUACUAGAUGGGAGAUGAGUGGUGAUGUACAACAUCCCAAUGAAAAAACAAACACGUAGUGACGGCUAACAUGCAAAGAGGAUGGGACCUCGACCUGUCAAUCAAAUGACUCGUUUUUCUAAUGUUACGGAAAUGAUAUAAGGAAUGUGUAUUGUAUCAGGGCUUUUUAAAGUUGUAUUUAUAUUGUUUUUAUUGAUUCCUGAAUUCAGCAGACCACAUCCAGAAUGAGCAGGGGAUUAUUUAUUUGUUGGAAAAAAAAUGUUCCAGGGUGACCUUUUCUUGACAAUACGGUCAGCACUCUCCUGUUGUGUUGUAGAUGUGAGUGAUGGAGAGGGUGGACCUUGAUACUGACAUCAGAGCACCAGACCACCUACUGAUCUGUAUAUUGUCAAAUGCUUUUUUUCAUGUUAGUUCCAUGUGACUAAGCCUUUUAUAAGACCAUAUUGAUACAUUUAUAAUGAAAAUAAAAUGAAAAGUGUUGAACAAC